CUUUAGUUUUGUAAAUUUUUUUACCCCAUUUUUCCUUUUUAUUUUUUUUUCUCUCCCUUCAAUCUCCUCUGCCCUACUGUCACUUCUCUCUACUCUUUCAAUUCUCAUUUCCAUUUUCUUCAACUUCUCUUCUUCCAUUCCUUUUUAUUUUUUCAUUUUUUUUUCGAUUUUUUCUCCUUUGGACUUUUCCCCCCUCUUCACGUUUGGGGUUUAAUUGCCGGAAAUUAGUCGGGAUUUUGCUUUUUUUUUUUCUUACCUCUAUAAAUCUCGCUUGGCCUUUCAAUUUCUGGAUUUUCGGCUUAAUUUUCAAGGUUUUGGCUGUGAUCGGACCCUUUCGUUCUAAGAUCUGCUCUGGGUUGUUGGUCAAUUUUGAUCUGGUUAGUGUUUUAUUCAACAACGGGUUUGGAUCCGAUCGAGGAAGAAACAGCGCCAUCCGAUGGCGCUGUUCAGACGGUUCUUUUACAGGAAGCCGCCGGAUCGGCUUCUUGAGAUCUCCGAGAGAGUCUAUGUGUUUGAUUGUUGCUUCUCCACGGAAGUGUUGGAAGAAGAAGAAUAUAAGGUCUACUUGGAUGGCAUUGUAGCACAGUUACAGAGUCACUUUCCUGAUGCGUCAUUCAUGGUUUUCAACUUCAGAGAAGGUGGUAGGCGGAGUCAAAUAUCUGAUGUACUGACUCAGUAUGACAUGACAGUUAUGGACUAUCCUCGGCAAUAUGAGGGGUGUCCUUUAUUGCCAUUGGAGAUGAUUCACCACUUCCUUCGAUCAAGUGAAAGCUGGUUGUCACUGGAAGGUCAACAGAAUGUGCUGUUGAUGCAUUGUGAAAGAGGAGGAUGGCCUGUUCUUGCAUUCAUGCUAGCUGGUCUUCUCUUGUACAGGAAACAAUACAGUGGGGAGCAGAAGACUCUUGAAAUGGUCUACAAGCAAGCUCCUAAGGAACUUCUCCAUCUUUUGUCUCCUUUAAAUCCUCAGCCUUCCCAGCUGAGAUAUCUUCAAUACAUUUCCAGGAGAAAUUUAGGUUCCGAUUGGCCUCCAUCAGAUACGCCUCUAAUUUUGGAUUGUUUAAUACUAAGAGUUCUACCCCUUUUUGAUGGGGGAAAAGGAUGUAGGCCUGUUGUGCGUAUUUACGGUCAAGAUCCCUCAGCACCGGCCAAUAGAACUUCAAAGCUUUUAUUUUCGACACCAAUCAAAAGAAAACAUAUCCGCAACUACCUACAGGCAGAGUGUAUGCUGGUGAAAAUUGAUAUUCAUUGCCAUGUUCAAGGGGACGUAGUUCUUGAAUGCAUCCAUAUGGAUGAAGACCUAGUACACGAGGAGAUGAUGUUUCGAGUUAUGUUUCACACAGCAUUUGUUAGAUCAAACAUUGUGAUGCUGAACCGUGAUGAAGUUGAUGUUUUAUGGGAUGCGAGGGACCAGUAUCCCAAGGACUUCAGAGUUGAGGCGCUCUUUUUGGAUGCUGAUGCUGUUGUCCCCAAUCUCACCGCACCCUUCGAUGAUGAAGAUGGAAAUGAAACUGGAGCUGCUUCUCCUGAAGAAUUUUUUGAGGUUGAAGAGAUCUUCAGUAAUGUAAUGGAUGGGCAGGAAGCAAAGGGAUCCAAUGAUCCUCACGUAGUCAAUCAUGUAAAUCGUAAAGAAGAAUGGAAGGAGGACUUCGAUCCUCCUGCAUUCCAAGACUGUGCAUCUGACGAUGGAAAUCUUAAGCAUGAUAAAAAAUCUGAUUUUGAUGCAGUGAAGGACAUCACUGUGGAUGAUGUGAAGUACAAACUGAAUGAAAAUAUAUAUCCUGAUCUUAAUGCAGUUAAGGACAUUGCCGUGGAUGAUGGGGAAAUGAAUUCGAAUUCCUUCUUGGUAGCUACUAAUGUCCCAACUCAUGUGAAAGUCCAGGGGUUGGUGGAUGAUGCAUAUGAGAAAUUUGAAGAUAUGGAAAAAAAGGAUGACCGAAGAGAUACUUCACCUGAGAAAUUGGAAAACAAGGUUCUGCAGAAGAAGUUGAGUGCUGAUGGUUCUAGACAAAAGUCAGAAAAAUUGCAAACACCGAUUCCCAAGAAACAGCCUGUUUCAAGUGGAAAACCGACCAAUGAUACGGGUUUAACCAAACAGAAAGUCAAACAACAAGAGACUCAAGGUUUCUCUGCAAAACAAGCAAAGCCAAAUGCAGUUUCUAGAUGGAUCCCUCCUAACAAAGGCUCUUAUACGAAUUCUAUGCAUGUUUCCUAUCCACCUUCAAGAUAUAACAGUGCCCCAGCUGCUUUGGCAAGUAUUGCAUCAUCAAAGGAUGUAAAUGCAAAUUCCAAAACGAAGGCCACUGCCACCCUUGAUUCUCUGGUUUCUUCAGAUGUUUUUACUGAACGAAAAAACUAUAAAGUGGAUUCUGUGAGGCCUUCUCACUCCGCACCUGCGAACCUUAUGCAUGGCCCAUCAUCUCCAGUUGAGUCAAUUGGUGAGACGCCUUCUUCCUCUGAAACUUUAAAGCCUUCAGAUAGUGAUGCACAACUUGAAGUACCACCAUCGCCCCCCGUGCCCACAAAGCCACCUCCACCUUCUCCUCCUCCUCCUCCUCCACCUCCACCUUCUCCACCACCCACUUCAUUUCAUCAUAUAGGGACAACAUACUCUGCUCUUCCACUUUCUGUGUCUUUAGCACCACCACCCAUUCUUAACUCACCAAAGGCAGUGAAUACCCCUCCCCCUCCCCCUCCAUCCAGUAGGCUGAAUAGUGUUUUUCCCCAUUCUUCAACUCAACCAUCAUGGGAGAAAAUAUAUUCUUCUGUUGACACUGGUACGGUGACUGGUUCUAUACCUCUACCUUCUUCUGUGGGCAUGCCAUCUACCUUAAAGAAUAUUGCUAGUACUUCUCUUCUUGCCUCGUCACUUAAAGAGAUAUCAUUAUCACUACCACCUCCCCCACCUUCUAUGAAACAUGAAGCACAUAUUCCACCCCCUCCACCACCCCCACCCCCCACCCCCACCCCCAUUAAUGCAUCACCCCCACCCCCACCACCUCCACCCCCACCCAUGUAUGGUGCGUCUCCAACACCAUCUUUAUUACAUCGAGCACCAUCUUCAACGCAUAGAGCCUCACCUCCGCCACCUCCUCCCCCACCACCUUUCAUGCAUGGAGCUCCAUCUCCACCUCCUCCUCCUCCCCCACCUUCCAUGUAUGGAGCCUCACUUUCACCACCUCCUCCCCCUCCACCUUCCACGUAUGGAACCUCACCUCCACCACCUCCUCCCCCACCACCUUCCAUGUAUGGAGCCUCAGCUCCACCACCUCCUCCACCACCACCACCACCUUCCACGUGUGGAGCCUCACCUCCACCACCUCCUCCCCCACCACCUUCCAUACAAUGCGAGGGGUACCCCCCUCCACCCCCACCACCUUUGAUGCGUGGGGCUCCUCCACCACCUCCACCUCCGCCUCCACCUCCAUCAAUGCAUCAAGCUUCUCCUCUGCCAACUCCCAUGCGUGGGGCUCCCCCACCUCCUCCACCUCCACCUAUGCCUGGGGCUCCUCCGCCACCGCCUUUAUCACGUGGUGCUCCUCCACCACCACCACCUCCACCAAUGUAUGGGGCUCCUCCCCCCCCACCACCUCCUCCAAUGCAUGGGGCUCCACCACCACCACCACCCCCUCCAAUGCGUGGGGCUCCUCCCCCACCACCACCCCCUCCAAUGCAUGGUGUUCCUCCACCACCACCCCCUCCAAUGCAUGGGGCUCCUCCCCCACCUCCUCCACCUGGCGGUGGUAGAGCCCCACCCCCACCUCCCCCUCCCGGCGGUGGUAGAGCCCCACCCCCACCUCCCCCUCCCGGCGGUGGGAGAGCCCCACCACCACCUCCCCCUCCCGGCGGUGGGAGAGCCCCACCACCACCUCCCCCGCCCGGCGGUGGCAGAGCCCCCCCACCACCUCCCCCACCCGGGGGUGGUGGAGCACCCGCACCACCUCCCCCUCCUGGUGGAGGUCGUGGAGCACCUGGCCCUCCUAGACCUCCGGGUGUUGGACCUCCUCCACCCCCACCGUUAGGUGCUAGAGGGGCAAAUGCUCCACCUGACCCAAGAGGUUUGUCUUCUGGGAGAGGGCGUGGGCUAUCACGCUCGACAGCUACAGCACCUCGAAGGUCCUCCUUGAAACCUCUACAUUGGAGUAAAGUAACAAGGGCUCUGCAAGGAAGCUUAUGGGAAGAACUACAGAGAUAUGGCGAGCCUCAAAUUGCACCAGAGUUUGAUGUCUCCGAGUUAGAGACUCUCUUUUCUGCAACUGUCCCCAAACCUGCUGAAAAAUCUGGAGGCCGAAGGAAGUCUGUUGGAUCUAAAACUGACAAAGUUCACCUGAUUGACCUCAGGAGGGCUAAUAACACUGAAAUUAUGCUCACCAAAGUAAAGAUGCCACUUCCUGAUAUGAUGGCUGCAGUGCUAGCUAUGGAUGAGUCAGUUUUAGAUGUUGAUCAGGUGGAAAAUCUCAUAAAAUUUUGUCCUACCAAGGAGGAGAUGGAACUUCUUAAGGGAUACACUGGUGACAUGGAUAACCUUGGAAAGUGUGAACAGUAUUUUUUGGAGCUGAUGAAAGUGCCUCGAGUCGAGUCAAAGAUGAGAGUGUUUUCUUUUAAGAUACAAUUUGGCUCUCAGAUAGUAGAAUUUAAGAAGAGUUUAAAUACUGUCAACUCUGCAUGUGAUGAGGUUAGGAAUUCUACCAAAUUGAAGGAGAUUAUGAAGAAAAUUCUUUAUCUGGGGAAUACAUUAAAUCAAGGAACAGCAAGGGGUUCUGCAGUUGGCUUCAAGUUGGAUAGUCUUUUAAAACUUGCUGAUACACGUGCUUCUAAUAAUAAGAUGACGCUCAUGCAUUAUCUUUGCAAGGUCCUUGCUUCGAAGACACCGGCUCUUCUGAAUUUUCAUCUGGACCUGGGUAGCCUCGAGGCAGCAACCAAGAUACAAUUGAAGUCUUUAGCAGAAGAAAUGCAAGCUAUAAUCAAGGGGUUGGAAAAGGUCAGGCAGGAGCUUGUUGCUUCUGAAAGUGAUGGCCCGGUCUCUGAAGUUUUUCGCAAGACGCUGAAAGAAUUUAUUGCUAUUGCUGAGACAGAGGUGGCAUCGGUGACAAAUCUUUACUCUACUGUGGGUAGAAAUGCAGAUGCACUUGCACUAUAUUUUGGUGAGGAUCCGGCUCGUUGUCCAUUUGAGCAGGUUACAGUGACACUAUUGAACUUUGUGAGACUAUUUCGGAAAGCCCACGAAGAAAACUGCAAACAGGCCGAAUUGGAAAAGAAAAAGGCCGAGAAGGAAGCCGAAAUGGAGAAUGCCAAAGGAAUCAGCCUUACGAAAAAGAGUGUGAAAUAGGUGAUAAACUUGAGUUCUCCUUAGCAUGGGAGAUUGAGCUCUCAUCCUACAUUGGCAGCGACUCGGUUGUCAACUUGCGGCCAAGGGGAAGCAUGCCGUGUGACCGAAGUGCAUCCAAUUGAGAUAUGUUCUGCAGUGUUAAGGCCCCUCAAUGAAUGUGGAUAUGAAACACAAUGGUCUGUUUAUUAAUCAUACGCCUGCAGAACUGUUGAGUUGGCCAGCUCGUUUAUUUGUACAUAUCUGACCGGCUGCUACUUGAACCAACAAAAUCACGCCCCAACUCAACCGAUGUUUCACUCUUGAAUAGACAGAUCAAUCAAUCAAUCAAUCAUGGAGAGAGAUAAAUAUUGGAUGCUGACUGACUUAUCUUCGCCAAGCAAAGGUAUUCUCUAUGCUGGUAGCUGCAAUUCUUAUUAUGGAUUUGGCUCCUCCGGCAGAGUUAUUCAGAAGAGUAUUUUCAGUCCUAGAUCAGUGUUUUGAUUAAAAGUAGCAAUUUGGUUUCGGCUUUGACGACGUAUGCAUUUGGCAUAAAUUUUUUGGGCAGAGAACAAAUGCGUCGAAAUUGCAUCCUCCUUGAAGUCCAGCCAUAGCACGAAACCAUGUACAGAGCCUCUCUAACCAUUCCAUACAUUAGAAUGUAAAAUUUGUUCUAUUGUUUGAUGAUGUAACAUGAAAAUAGUUUUUUUCUUUUUCAUCCCUCCUUUAUGUGUAGAUUUUUUGACUCAAACCCGUCAUAGAAGGUGUUGUAUAGAGCAGAUUCAGAGAGUAAUUAGAAGACGGGUUCUCCCACCACUGUAAUUGUAACAUAAAAAUCGAAAAAUAUAGGCCACGUUUGAAGUCUUUUUGUUUCA